CGGCCAGUAAUCAAAGUCCCGAUGAGGACCGUUUCUGGGGUUUUUCCUCUAUUAAGCGGCCAACCUCUUUUAAGCAGCCACAAUCCCUUUCACCGAGGGUGGCCGUUUAAUAGGGGUUGGCAACAUAGAGGCAGAAAGGUCCACAGUACAGCGGUUUUGUGAUAAUUUGGUCACGCAUUCCCAAUAAUUUGGGCGGCCCGUCAUUAGCCGUUCUUCUGUCAUAUUAUUGUCGUACUUUAGAUUGGAAUCAAUCUGCGCUCCAUCAUGGGUCGACUUGGCGAAUUUAUCGUGUUUUUCCUCAUUACUAUCCUAGCGUCGCAAGUCCUAAAAACACUAAUAUUAGCCGGAUUUUUCAAGCACGUUAUAAACCACUCUCCCGGACCUUGCAGAGUAAUAAAAGUGAAUGGUUCAGAGGAUCUCGCUCUUCUUCCUGAUGGACUAGUGUUUGUCUCUUCUGGACUUCGCUACAACGUUCUUACGUGGUACGAUCCAGUGAUUGACACAUGGGAAAGUAAACUGAUGACAUUUGACUUAAACAAACCCAAUGAAAAUCCAGUUGAAUUAACACUAAAGAACUUCAAUCGCACGGGAUUUAACCCGCACGGGAUCAGUGUGUAUCGGGAUCCGUCCUCGGGUACGGUGUCCCUGUUUGUGGUGAAUCACCGACCUGACGCUCAAGCCAUUGAAAUAUUCGACUUCGAGCGAGAAACGCAUUCACUGAUUCAUCGUCGUUCUGUGGUUGACGCGUUGAUCUGGAGUCCAAACAACUUACACGCAGUAGGUCCGGAUAGCUUCUACGUCACCAACGACAAUUUUUUUCAUUUUGACAACACCCUACUCUGCGUCCUCCACAAGUUUUUACUAAACAAGUGGUUGCACUGUAACAUUGUGUUCUUCGACGGAUUUAAAGCCAUCGAAGCGAUAGGAGGUGUUCAUCCCAAUGGCAUCAGCAUGGAUAAAGACGAAAGGUUUGUUUUUACGUCAGCUUUGUUUGAAAAUGGUAUCGCCAUUUUUAGACGUCUUCAGGACAACACGUUGGAGGCCUCCCAGUUGAUUAAAGUUGGAUCCAUUGUUGACAACAUCAAUGUUGACGCUGUGACUGGGGAUCUGUGGGUAGCAGCAUUACCGAGAGUAUUGGAGUUCUCUGCGCAUUCCCAAAACCUCAGUCACCUCAGUCCCUCUCAAGUUCUUACAGUGCAACUGGGAAAGCCAUCUCCAACCGGGGAAGCUUUCCCUGAUUACAAGGUUCGUGAGGUGUACAUGAACGAUGGACAGGAACUGUCUGGUUGUACAUCUGCGUUAGUCUAUAAAAAUCGUCUUCUAAUGGGCGCCGUAUUCAGCAACAUGCUGUACUGUGAGAUGAAGUGCUGAUAUUACUACCGCACAAACAUCGUAAUUAGCUGUAGUGUGAAGGUUAUUACAUUGAUUAAAAGAAAAAAGAAAGAACUUAUUCAAGGGUUGCUGCAAGUAAAUUUCUGCGAUCUAAGUAUUGCAUGUCAGUAAGGCUUGUAACAACAGUAUUUUUUGUAUUAACUAAAAGAUGUAGAAACCAACCAAGUAAAUUGUGCGUUGUUACUUGAAACGAAUUUGGCCAAAGGAUCCGCAAAGUAAACUUCGGAUAUUUCCUUCAAACAAUAAGUGAUUUUGUAAUAUCAUAGUCAGCAGCAUCACGCAGCAUAUAUAUUAUCGUAUGGCGGAAGAUUCCCCAAGAGGGAGCUGCGCAAUGAAUUAAGUAUUUACGUAUGUAUGUUUUAAGGUUAUUGAAAAAAGCGCUUAUUCAAGCGUAGGUCUAAGUAAUUUUCUGUGAUCCAGGUAUUCUAUGUCAGGGCUUGUAACAUCACUAUCGGGGGCACCCAACGGAUCGUUUCGGUAAAUUAUCUGUUCGGAAGGCCUUUAAUUCCCUCUGAUUUUCUUUAGAGAAU